CACUGGCCCAAUCACUUUCGGCCCCUCCGUUAGUGCUGCAUGUUGUCAUCGGCCGUGAUUUGCUCGCUUUUAUAUGCUUCGCCCGGUCGCCUUCUGCUGCCUUAGUUCCUCGGCGUGGCUUUCUCUCGUUGCCUUGUUUGUUAUAAAGUUUCCACGCGACGCUCUUUUCUGCCCUCAGACAUUCUUUACUUGCUACUACUACACGUACAUUCGCUCAUCCAUCCACCACCACCAUGUUGUUUCGCCUUGCUCUGUGCAUCAGCACGGCGGCCGCUGCAGCUCUGCCAGCUGGUCAGCUGCACGUCACCGCCGACUCGCAUCAGAUCAACCUCCCCGCCGUCCCUUGCGCUUUCUCCGACUCCAGCUGCUCCGAGACUCUCGAUCCCAUCUCCCAUCUGACCAUCGACUUUUCCACCCAAAAUGGCACCCUCCUGGCCAACAGACAAUCCAUCUUUCCGGCUUCCGUCCCGAUGCAAUUCACCGCAAACCGCAAGUGGGAAUCGUUCAUUCAGCCCGUCGAGGUGGCCUACUCGUUAGACGUCCGACCUCUCCCCAUUCGUCCAGGUGCCGAUCUGGGCGAGAUCUACUACAUGAAACUCCGUCUCUUUGACCAGCACGGUCGCCCUGCCACGCAGAACACAGUUGCCAUCAGCCUGCUGAGCGAUGCCCACGGUAACCUGCAGUUGGCCAUGAUCGACCCCAAUGGUAGCCGCGAGUAUGGACACGGAAACCGCAUUUGGCAGAUGAAGGCUUGGAAACAACAGCUCGAAUCCUACUAUGACACCGCGAAGGAAGCCGUCAAGAACUGCAUCAAGCCGGGACAUUCGAAGACUGAACAGCACCAGCACGAGCACGAACACGAACACAAGCAACCCCACGCAGACUCCCACGACCACCGUCAUCCUUCCACCAAAUACCCCCCCGUCUCCAAGACCGGCCAGACUGGGUUCUUCUGGGCUGGACGCGAGCAGAGCAUCAUGAAGAUUGCCCGUCCGGUCAUCCUUCCCGCCCUCAUGGGCAUCCUGGCGGGUGGAAUUGCCUGCGUCCUUGGAUUCCUGCUGGGACGUCUCGUCAUUUCCAUCUACCUCUGCACGGUGCGCCGCUAUGAGCGGGAAAUUCCCAUCAUUCAAAUCGAAGACGGCGAGCCCAUUUCCGAAAAGGCCGCCCUUCUGGAACAUUACAGCGAUCAGGAACCUGACGCUCCCCACUCUUUCCAAUGAUUUAUUCCUUCCUUCUCACGCACUCAACGUGAUCACCUUUCCUUACUUUGUAUUUAUGAUAUCCCAUGUAGCAUAGCAUACCCGUGACCGUCACACGAAUGGAAUGAUCCAAGUCCCGACUAUAAACCACUUUACUACUCCUUUACCUCAAUAAGGCCGGCUGGCCCAAUGGUAAGGCGCUUGACUACGGAUCAAGAGAUUGCAGGUUCGAGUCCUGCGUCGGUCAAUUUUUUGAUCCCAUCCAUCGUGGGAUAUUCAUGAGUAAUUUUUUUUUCUCCCAUCUUGCGGUCCGGCUCCACUUGACGGUGUUCUUCCGAGGCCACAAACCGAUCGGAAUCACGGGAUCACGGGAUCACGGACACGAUCGGCAUUUGCUAGUUGGCACUAGUUGUUUACAUAUUAAAGUCAAAUAUUAGAUUUCCGGG